AUGAUAUUGGAUCGUGGUAGAGGCACUCAUACCAACGCACAUGCCAAGUCCCAUACCCAUACCCAUACUCACACAUAUGCCAUACCCAUACACAUCCCCAUCCCCAUCCCCAUCCCCAUCCCCAUCCCCAUCCCCAUCCCCAUCCCCAUCCCCAUCCCCAUCCCCAUCCCCAUCCCCAUCCCCAUCCCCAUCCCCAUCCCCAUCCCCAUCCCCAUCCCCAUCCCCAUCCCCAUCCCCAUCCCCAUCCCCAUCCCCAUCCCCAUCCCCAUCCCCAUCCCCAUCCCCAUCCCCAUCCCCAUCCCCAUCCCCAUCCCCAUCCCCAUCCCCAUCCCCAUCCCCAUCCCCAUCCCCAUCCCCAUCCCCAUCCCCAUCCCCAUCCCCAUCCCCAUCCCCCCCCACCCCCAUCCCAACGUGCAUACCGCCGCCAGCACAAAGCUUUCCCCCACAUCGCUAUUCCCUUCGCCACCACUCCCUGCAUCGCCAUCCUCGCCUUCCCUUCCCGCCACGUCACUGACCCCUUCGCCUGGACCAUUCGUCCCAGGUUCGUUUUCGUCUCUUGGCUCUCCUUCCAUGUGCUCUUGA